AGCACUUCCAAACUGAACAGUGACGAUGAUGAUGAUGAUUUACAUUGCGUUGUUUGCCAUGCUCCUGACUCCAUCAGUGUCUCUUAAAGUGCACUCUGAUAGACUCGCGAAUGAAAUCAGCAUCGAUGAAAAUGAGUUUUAUGAAGAGCUGGUCUUGUCCGUCUGCAGUGAUGUGACUAAGGUGAACGUGACCUCUCCGAACUUCAUAAUGUGCAGAAUAUGCACAUAUGUUGUUGGGAAAGUGAAAGCAUUAGUCCCUCCAGGAACCGCGAAGGAUGGGGUCAUUCGCAUUCUCCACACGGUUUGUGACCGACUGCCUGUGUUCCGUUCAGUCUGCAGGAAUAUUAUCUCAAAUUUCCUGGGCCGACUAGUCGAUGAGAUCAUUGCCAACGAUAAUCCAAAAGUCAUCUGCCAAACCAUGAGCUUUUGUGCUGCAAAGACCUUUUAUCGCUAGGAAGAAGGCAUAGCUGGGACAUCUCAGAAUUUCCAUUGGAGAGCCAAGCAAGUAUGAUGUGCCUAUUUUCAGUUCUGUGUUAUUUCUGCUGUCCUAAAAACUCAAAAUUCCUGCACCAUUCCCAUCCUUCACAUAAAUAUGAAAUAAAGAG